AUGAGCGACAGCACAAGGCUCAAGAGCACCAUCUAUGUGGGCGGCCUCGACCAGGCUGUAACCGCUCAUACACUGGCAGAAGCAUUUGUGCCUUUUGGAGAGGUUGUGGAUAUUUCUCUUCCCAAGCCAGAUGCACCCAACUCGGGCGAUGCCCACCGCGGUUUUGGAUAUGUGGAGUUUGAUCUUCCUCAGGAUGCCAAGGAGGCCAUCGACAAUAUGGACGGCAGUGAGCUGUACGGUCGCACUAUCAAAGUGGCUGCAGCUAAACCACAAAAGGACGCCAAUGAGGGGCUGGGCAGCAAAACCGCAAUCUGGGAACAGGAGGGCUAUUUGGCCAAGUAUGCGGUCAGCGAGGAAGACCGGCAAGCUGCCGAAGAAGCUCAGGCAGCCAGCAGCAGACCGCAAGAUCCGAUGCAAGGCUUGGAACAGCUCGAUGUUGCUGGGCCCAAGCCCGAAUGA